AUGUCUGGCUCUUCCAGUGUCAUGGCCAUGAAAAAAGUGGUGCAGCAGCUUUGCCUCGAAGCCAGCAUUAGUUGCAUGAAGGUUUCCCAAGCUGCAACUGAUUUAAAGCAGUUCUGUCUGCAGAAUGCACAUCAUGAUCCCCUAUUAACAGGAGUUUCUUCGAGUACAAAUCCGUUUAGACCUCCAAAAGUUUGUUCCUUUCUCUGACUGGGUGUUAUCCAGGAUCUUUUCAUAUCUGUGUGUAUGGUGAAUAUGGAAACGAAGAGUGGAUUGGAACCUGUACAGGAAUUUCACCUUAAUGUGCCAACUUAGUGUUAGUAAUAAUGCUACUGUUGCAAAACUGCUACAAUCUACCUCUAUUAAUAAAUUGUAUGUUAGUUGGAAUAACUUCUGUAUGAUGAGGCAAUCAGUUUUAUAUUCAGCAAUAAAGAGUUAAUGAUUUU